AUGAAAAAAGAUUUGGGAUUCUUACAUCUAGGGAAAAUUGAUCAGGAGUACAUACAGGACCCGGACUUACGUGAAAUAUUGGAAAAAACAGUCCUGGAUAGUAAUAAAACAGAAGUGUUUGAAGACCAACAACUGCGUUUGAUAACCUCAGUGAUUUACAGCCAAUGCUUUGCAGUUAAAGGCAAUAGAAAGAAAGAGGUAUUUUAACUUCUGAUAACUACAGUAGUUUUAUUUAUUAAGUAAUGAUAUAGAAGGCCAUAAAAAGGAAGCUUAUAUCCGUCCGAUUGGUUUCAUUAGGGAACUUGAGCAAAGUCAAAAAAUUCAAGCAAUGGGUAGUUUUAGGUUUUUAAUAAGCAAAACAUUACUCUGCCCGGCCUGCACGUGCAUGAUGACGCACGCUUUUCGGUCGGAUUUCUCUGCCGUUGCUGCACGACGAAAGGUUAUGUUACUCGAGACGAUUCGCAACCACGAUUUUUAGCGCAACACAGCGUUGCGACAUUGUUUCGAAUAGGUACAAUAUUGCUUCAACAUUGCAACGUUGUACUGUGUUGCGCUAAGAAUUGUCUUUGCGAAUCAUUCCGUGUGAUUACGUUUAACCCAGGAUUAAGACAAAUUGUAAGCAAGGUGUUGUUGUUUAAGAACAUGAAACUCGAGCUUACAAAAUACUGUUGUGCCUUUACUUUGAAAGAAAGAAAAGAUAACACAAAAUGUUACAAUAGGCAAUGUAUGGGAAGGUAAAUACAAAAAGUGGAACAAAAUUUUAAUUCUGGAUUAGCGCUAAUCGGCCUUUCAGGAACCGGGCCCUGAAGGGACGUUUUUUUUUUGAGGCCGUAAACAAGCGACGAAAAAUGUUUCUUUCUCUCUAAACUUUGAUUGAAAUCAUUUAAUAUAGUGGCGAUUUCUCUGCCGACGCAUCGUUACUGCACGACACACAUUCGCACAGAAGUGAAUAAUUCUUCAUGAGACCAAACUAUAGCUCUUUACACAGAAAUCUCAAUUUGGUUUCGAAGUUAAAAUGAUGUCUACAGAAAAUAUACAGGAAUUUACAUCAGUUGGUGCUUGGAACCUUUAAUUCUUCUUGCGCACUUUUGAUGCCGGCCUACAAAGUGCCCAAAGUGGUCAGACCAGGCAAGGAACCACUGGCCGAACCAGGGGCCUUCAAACGGAGCGGUCAUUUUCUAUGACGCAGCAUUUUCGGCAAAGCUGAGAAGCUGUCGGUUUGUCACAAGUUAGUAAAAUGUAAAGGCAACUUACAGGACAAAUUUCAGCUCACUACUCCUCUUCUAAGAUAAGAAAUAGUCAUUCACGUGCUUUUCGUCCGGACCAAGGACCACAUAUUGUAUUCCUUUAUGAUUCAAAGUAACAAAUAAAAGAAUAAAAAGGAUAUUGCUAAGCAUCUAUAGCAACCAAAUGAAUCGUAAGAUCUACUUUAAAGCAAUGUAAAGGCUAUUGAUAAAAUAAUUGUUCAGUUAAUCGUAGCUAAUCUUGUUAUCUUCGAAGGUGGAAGUGAACGGAGGAUUCAACCUUUCGACCUUCUUUGCUCACUUGAAGGGAACCAUCAGGAUGACAGAUAUUCCUCCAACUAUAGCAACAAGAAAGAAUACUCGAGGACCAUUCCUGUUCCAGUGUUGCCGUGUUGUCUUUAACAAAGAGACAAACCGAUUGGAACUCCCCAAGGGAGAGGUUGUUGGUAAAACUGUGAGAUGUAAAGAAGAAGAGAAGGAUGCCGAGUACGAAAACACCGCAGUCAGCUUGGUGGAGGACGAGGAGAGUAAUUUGACUGGUUAG